AUGCGAGGCUGCAGCCCCCGCACCUGCACCGUCAGGGUGAUGCAGAACGUUCACGGGAGCACCAUGUCUACCUUCUACUCACAGCCAGGUCUCUUCCACGCUGCACCAGGCCCAUGUUACAAAAUCGGUCAGCUCUACAUGAUCAGCAAACACAGCCACGAACAGAGUGACCGAGGAGAAGGGGUGGAGGUUGUCCAGAACGAGCCCUUUGAGGAUCCUCACCAUGGCAACGGGCAGUUCACCGAGAAGCGGGUGUAUCUCAACAGCAAACUGCCUAGUUGGGCUCGAGCUGUUGUUCCCAAAAUUUUCUAUGUUACAGAGAAGGCUUGGAACUAUUAUCCCUACACAAUCACGGAAUACACAUGUUCCUUUCUGCCGAAAUUCUCCAUUCACAUAGAAACCAAGUAUGAGGACAACAAAGGAAGUAACGACAGCAUUUUUGACAGUGAAGCCAAAGACCUAGAGAGAGAAGUUUGCUUUAUUGAUAUUGCCUGCGAUGAAAUUCCAGAACGUUACUACAAAGAGUCUGAGGAUCCUAAACACUUCAAGUCAGAGAAGACAGGAAGGGGACAGUUAAGGGAAGGCUGGAGAGAUAAUCAUCAGCCCAUCAUGUGUUCCUACAAGCUGGUGACCGUGAAGUUCGAGGUCUGGGGGCUUCAGACCAGAGUGGAACAAUUUGUACACAAGGUGGUCCGAGAUAUUCUGCUGAUUGGACAUAGACAGGCUUUUGCAUGGGUUGAUGAGUGGUAUGACAUGACAAUGGAUGAAGUCCGAGAAUUUGAACGAGCCACUCAGGAAGCCACCAACAAGAAAAUUGGCGUUUUCCCACCUGCAAUUUCUAUCUCAAGCAUCCCCCUACUGCCUGCUUCAGUCCGCAGUGCCCCUUCCAGUGCCCCAUCCACGCCUCUCUCCACAGAUGCACCAGAAUUUCUGUCUGUUCCCAAAGAUCGGCCCCGGAAAAAGUCAGCACCAGAGACUCUCACACUUCCAGAUCCUGAGAAGAAAGCCACCCUAAAUUUACCUGGCAUUCACUCUUCCGAUAAGCCAUAUCGGCCCAAAUCAGAGUAACUUCAUAGGAAUACGUCAUGGGGUUUUGUAUUUUUGUUUGGGGUUGUUGUUGUUGUUGUUUUUUUUAAGAAUCUUCUGAUAUUGAAAAAAGACUGUUUUGUCACUUAAACAUGUUCCUUCGAUCUCUGAGUAUGCAUGUGGUCAAGUAAUUUAACAUAUAAUAUCAUUCCCUAAGUAUGCCACACAGCGUCAUGUUAGUUGUAAAUGUAAGACUUGCAAAGGACAGAAGGAAUCUUCUGUAGCCACAGCUGGAAGCCAGGGAGGAAGCCUUGCUUUGGGCAUUUGAUGAGGUUGGCGUGGACUUCGAAGGUAAAUAAAUGAAAGCUUUGCAUCAUUGUGUACAAGGUGUGGUAAAAUAGUCAAGUCAGUUUCCUCCCAUCAAACCUGAAAUUCUCAAAAAUACUCUCAGGCAUUACAUACCUAAUUGUUAAAUUUUGAACUGCUCAUCACCAGUACUUGAAUACCAGUAGUUACUGAGAUUCCUAUUUUGGUUAGUCUGACUCAGGAUUUGGGGCCUAAUUAACUAUUUAAAUUUUUUGAAAAUUUUAACUAUCAACAUAUGGAGGCUCCAAGUGCAAUUAAUGGCAACUUAUUUAUAUCUUUCACAGAAUUUAAUAAAGAUUCCACUUGUUUCUGUCUUUUAAUAACUUUUCCCUUUGUGCCCUUGUGGCCUCAGAAAUCGCUAAGAAUUAUGUGGAUAAAUGUGACCAUAACUGACUGAUUUUGGAAAGGUUUGGUUUAGGAACCAAGAGGCUCAGAAGAGGUGAGAAUCUUUUUUUCUCCACAGGUACCAAAAAACCUUGACCUGUCAGCUUCCAUCAUCCAUUGAGAUUCUUAGAAUUUGCAAUUAAUUGAAUAGAAUUCAUUGACUAUUUGCCCAUUCAAAGAAGUUCAAGGGUUGAGUAAGCUAACUGGACUUUAAUGCUGUCAGAACAUCUGAUUCAGGAACCCUACAAAAGAGAAUUGCCUCCCAUCCCCCUCCUGGUUUUACUAUCAAUAACAUUCAGAUUUACCAGGAACAGAUUGCCCAUCACCAGACCUUAAAAAAGACUGUCACUCUCUUGCUCCUUACUUGAAAUAUAAAUAUUGGGAGUGUCACUGAAGUAGAGUAAAUACCGUCAAGUGGGAGGAGAGAAUGAGCGGAAUUGCUGAUUCCCAUUUCUUUGUAGGGUAAAAAGGAGUGAUGAAAGAUGCCCCUCCGUCUAGCUUUCUUUCCUGCUAGGAGUGGUAGAAUCAAGCUUGACGGGAGGCAAGAUCAUUCACCAAAGUGACAGGAAGAGAUCUCACCUUUGAUCAAAAAGAACAAUCUGCCACCUUUGCACCUCACUGCCUUUAAAUGGAAUGGCAAGCAAAAUCUAGCACUUACUUUUGUCCUCCAAGGGAGGAAGAGAACAAGGUAAUUGAGCAACUUAAAGGCCCCACCUAGCCUUCAUGACCAUAACCUACCAACCUCAGGAAAAGGACCUUCCCAAAAGAGAUUCCAAAGGAAACCAUAAACCAAGGAGCAUGUUCUCCUUCCUCACACAGCCUCUCAGCUGUAGACCCUGCCUGCUUCUCUCUCAGUGCUCAGUACUCUGCAUGGUGUCUUUCAAAUUGACAAACUCUCCCAAGGUGCAGGCGCUGGCCCCAUGAGCCCAGCACCAAGUGUUCUAAGUCAUUUGUCAGACUGUUAAGAUAAUUUCUUUAUUUAUAGGUCAACAUGUAGCUUAAAAAAUAAAUAAACCCAGGACUGAAAGGAAACAGGUUGCAAAUAGCUUAGAUCAACAGUGCAUCUCUUCCCUAAGAAUGAUAGCAUUGUAGUAAGACAUCUUUGCAUGGGAUGGUAGCAUGGUUUUUGCUUGUGGGAAAACAAUCUUUUAUCAAACCCCUUGGACUUCUCAAUGGCUUCCCCUCUCCACACAGUAGUACUUAACAAGAAUGUUUGGCUUUAGAAUGCAAAAGUCUACUUUGAGAAGACACUGACAUAGUUGUAUGUAUUUGCUUAUCAUUUGCAAGCUGAAAUCAAAAUGGGAUGGGGUCAUUAUUUUCACAUAGAAAGUACAUAUUGCGUGCAGCUUGCUAAUACAUCUGGCACCUAGUUUUUCCAUUAAUGCCAUUGCUAUUUUUCCUUUUUGUAAAGUAGCUUCUCCUAUCAAGAGAUCAACACUUCUUUAGAAAGUGCUUUAGAAAGCUACUUUCUGAUUUCCUUCCAUGAGUUUUCUUUCUCAUAUGACCAGUACAUACCACGGACAUCAGUUGCAAAGCCAUCAAUGAUAGUGUGAUUCUUAGCCAACAAAUGUGUGUGCUCUUAAAGUAUGUUCAAUUUUUCUGUCUAAAUGUAGUUUGUGUGCACUUACAGGAGAGGGUGCAAAUAUUCCUUUAGCUGCUUUGAAUAUUUAAUCCAGUGAUCACAAGGCAUAAAUGACUUCAAUAUUUUAUCUAUCUUGAUUUCCAAGUGUCAUUUCACAGUCUCCAUACAUGAAUUUGUUUAUUGUGGGAUACAAGCCUGCAAAGAUUGUAUAUAUAGAACAAUAAUACCUAUAAGGAUGGAAACUCAAUGGCUGCAUGAUGGAAACUUAAUAGAAGAAAAAAGCAGAAACUUGAAUUUAUUAAGCAUGUUUUGGGGAAAAAUAGAAUCUUAACUCAGUGCCUCUGUCUGCAACGUGGAAACCUUCAACUUUGUUCACCAAAAUUGUAUUAUACCUGUAUAUAUAUAAAUAUAGUAUAGUGAAUCAGACACCACCCAUUUUAAGUCUCUGGUAGCCAAAUAAAAUAACUAAUCCAUAGAAUAACACAUACGUUCACCCCAUCUUCAUCUCUCGUGUUCGUGGGGACCAUCAAAAUGACCAUAAAUUUCAUUCCUUUGGAUGGACUUCAAAUUAUGAAAUGCUUUUCGUUGGCUGUAGCACAGCAUUGCUGCUUUGGCUAUGCUUUCCCUGGACAAGAAGAUCUCGGUGUUUUUACCACAUAAACUUUGGCGGAAGUCAGCUCUGAAGACCAUUUCGUUUUCCCACUUUUGGGCUGUGAUAAGACCAAAGGCCAAGCAUGACAAGAAAGGAGUCCAUGGCAUUUCUCAGUCACCACCGUCACACCCAAAACAAUACGAGCUUGUUCGUUACAAACCCUUCUGUUUUGGUUUUGCAACUGUGUGUGGGGAAGAUCGUUUUGAUUUAUUUGGAGGUAUUUAUGAGCCAUGUUUUGGUUGGGAUAAUAAAUCUCUAAGUAGCGCAGUUAUGGGUGCAAACACUUAAGAACACAAGACCCCUAAGAGUAAUCAUUUGGCUUCCUUUCAAGACGCUGUAAUAAACGGUGUCAUAAAUAAAAAGAAAAUCGAUUCUGACACUUCUCAAAAAAUCAUUUUUCCAUGAAAAUUUCAGAGUUAAUGUAUUUAUGUGUAUUUUUAACUUCUUUCCUCAACAUCUCUUCAUGGCUCAGAGACAAGGUCACUGGCUGGCUUAGGUCAAUUGGAAUCUUACUUUUCAGAAGGGCCAGAGUAUGAUUUACUCUAUAUGAUGUGAACUCAGAAAAAUCUAACAGAGAAAAGUUGUCUGAAUAAUUUAGUCCCUUUCUGACCAUCUGGUUCUGGAGGCUCGGUAACAGUCUGCCGUCUGAGUUGUAUUCUUGAAAUUUAAAAACAAAAAAAUCUGUCCAGUGACUGCAAUUGAUCAUAAAUAGGCUACUUAAAGCUAUUCAUUUUUGCUGAAACUGAAGUGUUACACAAUAGCACACCAUCUGCGUACAGAGGCAACACAUACCAGGUUGUUCUGUGUUCUACCUUCAAACGGUCUGUUUGCAUUUGAAAUAUAAGUGUUUAAGCUUUUUAGGAUUAGUGCAAUAAGAGAAUGUGAACAUGUUGAGGACUUAUAAGAUGCCGUUAUUAAUUGUGAUUUUGUUGUUAAGUUAACAAAUGCUCUAGGAUAAGCCUCAAUGUUUUAGCUAAAAUUGAAAAGCAUGUCUGUUGAAUUGCAAGUCUCCCUUCAGCUUCUAUGUAUGGCCAAGAAGGGGUUUUUUUGAGUUGAUGUUACACCUCUGCCACAUAUAUGUAACUUCAAGUGUAACUGUUAGUGUUUACAUUUCAAGCUGGGAUCUUGAUUAGUUAAAUUAGUCAGUAUAUCACUGCCACUGCUGAAGGACCAAGUUUUGGAAUGCACAGUGUUCUAGACAACAGGCAAAGCAAACAAAAGUUGAUCCUCACACAUGUCAUCCUUUUGUGUCAUUUUAUGGCUGUUUUGUGUUUUUUUUUCCCAGUUAUUUAUUAUUGUUAAUAACUUACUUUUUCUUACAUUCUAUUGUAAAUAAAGUACAAAGCAAUCUCCUU